GCCCACCUCUCCUCGGGUCCAGUGGGUCGGAUCCCCUCUUGCCCUUUCUCCCCUCGACACCUUCCUCUCGUUCACCACUUUAAUAAGAGGAGUCGUUCUCUUCCCGCACCCUUCUCGCUGCUUCUUUCUUUAUCGUCGGCGCCUCACUCUCCCCGCUCUCCUACCCUCUCUUUUGGCGCCCAUUUCAUCACCGUUUCCACAUUCCAAGUUUCCGGCAAAUUCCAAUCUCUCAGGCUCCCCCGCUUCGGGUCACAAAGAGACAAUGGGGGACGCGGAUCAUCCCCACGAACAGUCACAACAUGUUGAUUACUCUGCUUCAGGCUAUACGGGUGCAGUACCCAUGUCUGCUGAGUUCAAUGCUGCUAUGGAUGGAGAUGGAAGCACUGCCAAACUAGAUGCAACUUCUAUGUCACAUCAACCUGCAUCUGAUUCCGCUGCUACUGCUCCUGAUGGAGUAAUUGUGGGUCAUGGUAAUCCUGUAGGAGAUAAUGCACAAGUUGGUGCCUAUGGUUUUGCAAAUGGAACCCAUGAAAAUGAAUCGAGGAAUAAUGAAAAUGUAAUUAAACAUAGUGGUGAAAAUGGAAAUGGUCCUGUGGAAGCAAGGGUUGUGGAACAGCAGUUCGAGGAGGCUACUGCUGUUUCUUCAGAAGAAGAUCGACUGUGGACCAUAGUGAAGGCUAAUUCAUUAGACUUUAAUGCAUGGACUGCCCUUAUUCAAGAGACUGAGAAAGUUGCUGAGGAUAAUGUGUCGAAAAUUCGCCGUGUUUACGAUGCAUUUUUGGCUGAGUUCCCAUUGUGUUAUGGCUAUUGGAAGAAGUACGCAGAUCAUGAGGCACGGUUAGCAACUGUGGACAAAAUUGUGGAGGUGUAUGAAAGAGCAGUUUUAGCUGUGACAUAUUCUGUAGAUAUUUGGUUGCACUACUGUACAUUUGCAAUAUCAACAUAUGAAGAUCCAGAUACCAUUCGCAGGUUAUUUGAAAGAGGAUUAGCAUAUGCUGGAACAGACUAUCUCUCUUAUCCUCUCUGGGACAAAUAUAUAGAAUAUGAGUAUUCACAACAGGAGUGGAUGAACCUUGCUAUUAUCUAUACAAGAAUUCUUGAGCAUCCUAUUCAGCAGCUUGAUCGAUAUUUUAACAGUUUCAAAGAAUUGGCCGCAAGUCGUCCUCUAUCUGAGAUACGCACUACAGAAGAAGCUGAAGCUAUGUUAUCUGCCAAUGCAGUGAAGAAUGAUCAAGGACUUGACGAUGAGGGCCUUCCUGAUGGGGGAGAUCCAUCUCGUAACUCUGCAAGUGUAAGUUUGACAGAGGCAGAGGAGCUGGAAAGGUAUAUUGGUGUUAGGGAGGAAAUGUAUAAGAAAGCAAAAGAAUAUGACUCUAGGAUUCAUGAUUUUGAGGCAGCUAUCAGGCGUCCAUACUUCCAUUUUAGGCCCCUUGAGGACCAUCAGCUCAGUAACUGGCAUAACUACCUUGACUUCAUUGAAAGGGAGGCUGACUUUAACAAGGUUGUAAAGCUAUACGAGAGAUGCCUUAUUGCUUGUGCUAACUAUUCCGAGUUUUGGAUCCGAUAUGUUCUAUGCAUGGAAGCAAAUGGAAGUAUGGAACUGGCAAUUAAUGCCCUUGCUCGGGCUACUCAAGUAUUUGUCAAGAGACAACCAGAGAUUCAUUUAUUUGCUGCUAGAUUUAAGGAACACAACGGGGAUAUCGCAGGUUCUCGUGCUGAAUAUCGUCUUAUACAUUCAGAAAUAGCACCUGGUCUUGUUGAGGCAGUGGUCAAGCAUGCGAACAUGGAGUACAGGCUGGGACACCCAGAAACAGCUUUUUCUGUGUACGAGGAGGCCAUUGCUACUGAACAAGGAAACGACCAGUCCCAGAUGCUGCCGGUGCUGCUUGUUCAGUACUCUAGGUUUCUGUAUCUGGUUGCUGGAAAUCUGGAGAAGGCAAGAGAGGUGCUAAGUGGAUCACUUGAGCGAGUUCCUCUGUCAAAGCCACUUUUGGAGGGCAUCAUCCAUCUGGAAUCUAUUCAGUCUCUUCCGAAGCGGAUUGACUAUUUGGAUGCCCUUGUAGAGAAGUUUAUAUCUCCAAACCUUGAGAAUUCCACUGCAGUUAGUGCUACAGAAAGAGAAGACUUGUCCAGUAUAUUUCUUGAGUUUUUGGAUCUCUUUGGGGAUGCUCAAGCAAUUAAAAAGGCUGAAAAUAGGCAUGCCAAGCUUUUUUCACAUCAGAAGAGUACAUCCGAGUCGAGAAAGAGGGGUGCUGAUGAUUUCUUAUCUUCAGACAAGGCAAAAUUAGCAAGAACAUAUGCCGGUCUUUCUACGGUUGCUUCACCAGUUCAGUCUAUUAUGGGUGCUUAUCCAAAUGCUCAGCAGCAGUUGGUGGCUGGUUAUGGUCCACAGCCUCAAGGGUGGUCACAAGGAGUGCAGACACAGGCCCAUCAAUGGAACGCUGGCUAUGCUGCACAGGCUGGUUAUGCUGGCUAUGGUACUUAUGGGUAUCCCAAUCCUCAACCUGUGGCGUCAGCUCCUCAACAGGCUGCAUAUGGGGCGUAUCCUUCCCAGACUUACACACAGCCUGUUCCAGCAUUUACCCCGGCACCUCAAACUGCUGCUGCGCCUCAGGCAUACUAUAGCGGUUACUACUGAGCUAGAAAGAUUGGUUGACUCGUCCUGAUCCUUGUCACUAUUUUGUACUAUGCUUCAUCCCGUAGAAAUGGGAGUGCCCCCCUAGGAUUAGCAUUGCAAAGUCGGGGAAACUAGUUACAGGCCCUGCGGGAACAUGACAGUCGAGGUAACAAUGAGUUAGUUUUAUUAAUUUUUUUUUGUUGCCUGGCUGUGCUUGAACUUGAGCCAAAAAGAUAAGAAGGCCAAUGGUGGCCACACAUCACUGAUCUCAGUAAGAUAGGGGAUGCUUUGAUAUAUGUAAAAUUGUCUGUUACCGUCUGUAGGAAGGUGCUCACAUGCUGAAGGAUUGGCAUUUAGCAGGUUCGUUAUUUUCUUCUGUUUUGCUUCUAUAAUUGUUUCCUUCUUUGGGUUUCUGUGCUGUACAACUUUAGUCUCCCUACUAUGAACAUCCAGGCAGUGAAAUGAAAUUUCUCUGAUUAUUGAAUAUA